CACACCAUGGCGAACGCAGUUUGUAAAAUUUUGGAUAUCUGCCGGUUUUGCUUGCUUCAUGAUGAUUUAAUUCCUAUCACGCAAGCUGUUGCUUCAAUGGUAACAGUUCAAGACAUAGAAAACUUCACUGGGAUACAGAUCACCGAUGAAGAACAGCUAUCUUUUGCCAUUUGCAAAAACUGCUGCAAAGUGUUAGAAAACUCGGUUGCUUUCCGAAACAUCUGCCUCAACAAUGAUGUGGUAUUUAAACAGUUGUUUUCUGUGGUAAUAGAGAGUAUAAAGGAAGAGGAAAAUGAAGAUUCGACACAAAUACAAGAUGACUCCUCGAACUUUGAAAGCGAUGAUCAAAUUGGGGCAGAAGGACCAUCAUUUGAUGCCAGUUAUUCUAGUGCCAGUGACGCUGAAGAUGUGCACUCAGCUCCCGUAGCAAGGCCAAUAACGAAAGGACUUGCGAGUGCGAAAGCCAAGGGCAAGGCUGACGAAAAACCAAACACUUCUACCGAACAUAAAAUUGAAAAAGAAAAAACAGUUUGUUAUACCUGUGGCAAACUUGUUACAAACCUACCAAACCACAUGAUACAUCAUAACAAGGAAAGGAGGUAUAGCUGCCCACACUGUCCGUUAAAAAUGUCAAAUGGAACGAAUAUGAAAAAGCAUAUAGAGGCUGUGCAUGAAAAGAAAAUAGCUAAAUCUUGCGAAUUAUGCGGUGAAGGAUUCAUUCACAUGUCUACUUUCGUACGUCACAUGACAAUCAAGCAUGGCAUCGGCGGAACGUACGAAUGUAAGAUUUGUUCGAAAACAUUCAAGCAAGUAGACAGAUACAGACAUCACAUGAACAAAUGGCAUAAAACUAGAAAGGAACACAAGUGCACGAUAUGCGACAAGGUUUUCAAUGGGAGCCAAAGACUCAAAAUACAUCAAAGCGUGCAUUCCAACGAUCAACCUUAUGCAUGCAGAAUAUGUCCAAAACGUUUCAAGAGUAAGGAAGCGAAAAGAACGCAUGAAAUAACCCACACCGGAAUCCGAUUUUCAUGCACUCUAUGCCAACGAUCAUAUAAGUAUAAAAAUCUUCUUAAUAGGCAUUACCGGUACGAUCAUGGAGCUGAACCAUCUGUUGAUAGCGACAAUAAUCGAACAUAAAUCUAGUUUAUUUCCGAUCUGCGUAUUUCAUGUAAACUACAGAAAACUAUGUAUCUUCAAUAUACAGGUAAAAUAAAUGUUUUGCACAUUACGCAAUUGAU